AUGGACGCCGUUGCGAUUCAAGAUGCCAACAAGAUCAGAGUCGCCAUGGGCCUUGCGCCCUUGCCCGUACCCGGCGAAGAUGGUCUGCAGUUCAAGUCAAAAGACGAUGGAGAAGAGUCAGACCCCGACGACAUGAGCACGCUCGAAAAGCGACAAGCAGCUGCUGGUGACAACUGGAAGAAACUGCAAGAUGAGGAAAAGGCACGACAAGCCCGUCAGGCUCGCAAGGAAGAGGCAAAGAGGGCACGCGACAUGGCUCUACGGAAUGCAAAGUUGGAAGGAAAGGGCUUGGGAGACGCAGAUGAGGCCGACAUGGAUGCAAAGACCUGGGCCCUGCAGUUCAAGAAGCGUCAAAAGAAGAUCGAGGCUGCAAGGAGAUACGAGGAAGAGCAGGCUGAGCUAGAGCGUCAGGCACAAGCAGAGUACUCGUCGAAGGACUUGGCUGGUGUCAAGGUCGCACACGAGCUGGAUCAGUUUGAUGCUGAAGGCGAGCAGAUCCUGACUCUGAAAGAUGCCGCCAUCGGUGAUGAGAGCGAAGACGACGAGCUUGAGAAUCUGGAUCUACGCGCAAAGGAACAACUGCAAGAAAAGCUGGAGCGCAAGAAGAACAAGCCUGUCUACAAUCCCAACGACAUGGACGAUGGCAACCGUUCGAUUCUUGCGCAUUACGACGAAGAGAUCGACGGCAAGAAAAAGAAGGCUUUCACUUUGGACACAUCUGGUGCAAUCGACCAAGCCGCUCUCACGGCCCAACGAGAAGCUGCAGAAGCCGAGCGCAUAGGCGUCAAGGGCAUCAAAAUCAGCUUGGACGAGUUGAAAGACGACACGCCCAUCUCAGAUUACCUAGAUGCCUCGACAGCGAAGAUUCGCAAGCCCAAGAAGCCGAAGAAGGCCAAAACUACACGCACAAAGGCCGCCGACGAGGAUGACAUUUUCCCUCUGCCUACACAACAACCUUCUGCAGAUCCAAUGGAAAUUGACGGUCAACCAACGUCAAAUGGAGCUGUUAAGAAACGUACUUUUGAGACCUUCGACGAUGAUGAUUUGCAGGCCAAAUUGGCGGAGCAACGCCGUCAAGCAUUGAAAAAGCGUAAGAAGACCGAUGCUGCUGAGCUGGCUCGCCGCAUUCGCGAAGAAGAAUCUGCAGCCGCCAUGGAAAUUGCCGAAGACGGCGAUGAACCCGGUCUUGUCAUCGACGAGACCACCGAGUUUGUAGCCAACCUGAGACGCCCACAGUCACCAGAUUCAGACGACGAGCGUGCAAGGGCCGCAUCAACACCUGCUGCUGGAGAUGUAAAGGACGAGGACGAACAAAUGCAAGAAUCGUACGCUGCGGUAGAAGACGAAGAAGACGCUCGUGCUCGUCAGGAAGCAGAAGAACGAGAGUCUGCCGGCCCAGCAGCAAUGACAUCUACAGGUUUCGAAGACGAAGAAGACACUACGUUAGGAGCCGGAGGUAUCCUCAAUAUGCUCCGCAAACGUGGUCUAGUCCAAGACAACGAUGCCGAAAAAGCCAACGCAGCCGUCCGCGCCCAACAACAGUUCCUUCAGGAGAACCAAGCCCUGGUUGACGAAUACGAUCGCAAAACCAGAGAAGAGCGUGAGAAAGACCGCAACUCUGGCCGCUGGGAUCGCAUGUCUCACCGCGAACGCGAGAACUACCAACGCCAGCAGAACGAGCAAAGAGAUGCCUAUCUUGCGCAGCUCCAAGCUGAGCACUUCAAGCGUUCAUACAAACCUAAUGUUCAGCUUCGCUACAAUGAUGAAGACGGUCGUGAGAUGAACCAGAAAGAGGCGUUCAAGCAUCUUAGUCACAGGUUCCAUGGCAAGGGUAGUGGUAAGCAGAAGACUGAAAAGCGUAUGAAGAAGAAGCAGGAAGAGGAUGAUAGGCAGAGAAAAUCAUUGCUGGGAUUCACUGGUACGAACGAGGCUGUGGGCGCUACGGCGAAGAAGAACAGGCAGGCUGGUGUCAGAUUGCAGUAG